CGCUCCGCUGCGGGGCCGCAGGAGUAGCGGCAGCGGCAGCGGCUGGAGAGGGGGCGCCGGCGGCGGGACCUAGACCAGCGGCUGGACCGCGCGCUCCCUCUCUCUCCCGCUCCUCUCCCAGCUCGUCGGCUUGCUGGCUGCGCUCUGCUCUCACCGGCAGCCGACGGGGCUCCCAGUCCCUCCGAGGCGACCCCGCGGGGGUAGCCACAGCCUCAGCUCUGCCCCUCCCUCUUUCCCUCCGGGCAGCCCCACCACACAGCACUUCGCCUUCUGUCCCCGAGUCGUCGGGAUUUCCCUUUGCCUCUCUUUGGAAACGAGAGAGGUGGAAGGAGGCAACGCGGCGGCGAAGCAGAGGCCCGCCAAGUCGGCCCGCGUGCAAAGUGUUGCUCUGACACAUCCUGAUUGUGGAAGUUAAGUGAAAAAACUCUGGACGUGGAGCUGCUACCGAGAAGGAGACCGGGGAGAGAAAACCAGUAGGCAGGCCAUUGGUUUUUCCGGCAGCGUGCUGGCAAGUUUGUGGAACACUUUCUAGGAAUUAGGUCUGUUUCCUCUCCCUUCAUCUUCUUGACUUCUGAAGAAAGAACUUGGCUUUGGAUUGCAGUGGAGCCUGAGGAGUGAGGGGUUAGACACACUUGAAUAAUCCCUCCAACUGGGCUGAAUUUGUGGGAAUUUAGGAAGCCUGAGUGUGGAAAUACAGCAGCCUUUGGAGUGCCCUCUGUUAAUUUGGAUGGAUCUAAAUGUGCCCCAUUUACGACAUCUCCACUAAGCCCUUCUAAUCUUGUGCUUUGCUCUUCUUGACUUUAAUUAGCAUCUAGGAAAGUCUGAACUUGGGACCUACCUCUUCUUUUGAUACUUAUUUUUGUACUUUUGCUCUCUGGGAUUGGUUUCAUAAACAAUCUGGAUCCUUUUUAAUAUGUCAAAAUGAGUCGGCUGAUGUUUACACAACUACUGCUCUGUGGAUUUUUGUAUGUCCCGGUUAAUGGAUCUCGUCUUCGCCAGGAAGACUUUCCGCCACGGAUUGUGGAGCACCCUUCAGAUGUCAUUGUUUCUAAGGGAGAGCCCACUACUUUGAACUGUAAGGCAGAGGGCCGACCAACACCCACCAUUGAGUGGUACAAGGAUGGUGAGCGGGUGGAGACUGACAAGGAUGAUCCCCGGUCCCACAGGAUGCUGCUACCGAGCGGAUCCUUAUUCUUCUUGCGCAUUGUGCACGGACGCAGAAGUAAACCUGAUGAAGGAAGCUACGUUUGUGUUGCAAGGAACUAUCUUGGUGAAGCUGUGAGUCGAAAUGCAUCUCUGGAAGUGGCACUGCUGCGAGAUGACUUCAGGCAAAACCCCACAGAUGUCGUAGUGGCAGCUGGAGAGCCUGCGAUCCUGGAGUGCCAGCCUCCCCGGGGACACCCAGAACCCACCAUCUACUGGAAAAAAGACAAAGUUCGGAUUGAUGACAAGGAAGAAAGAAUAAGUAUCCGUGGUGGAAAACUGAUGAUCUCCAACACCAGGAAAAGUGAUGCAGGGAUGUACACCUGUGUCGGCACCAACAUGGUGGGAGAGAGAGACAGUGACCCAGCAGAGCUAACUGUCUUUGAACGACCCACAUUUCUCAGGAGGCCAAUUAACCAGGUGGUGCUGGAGGAAGAAGCUGUAGAAUUUCGUUGUCAAGUCCAGGGAGACCCUCAACCAACUGUGCGGUGGAAGAAGGAUGAUGCAGACUUGCCCAGAGGAAGGUAUGACAUCAAAGAUGAUUACACACUGAGAAUUAAAAAGGCCUUGAGCACAGAUGAAGGCACCUAUAUGUGUAUUGCCGAGAAUCGGGUUGGAAAAGUGGAAGCCUCCGCUACCCUCACAGUUCGAGCUCGCCCUGUUGCUCCUCCACAGUUUGUGGUUAGGCCAAGAGAUCAGAUUGUUGCACAAGGGCGAACAGUGACUUUUCCCUGUGAAACUAAAGGAAACCCACAGCCAGCGGUUUUUUGGCAAAAAGAAGGCAGCCAGAACCUGCUUUUCCCAAACCAACCCCAGCAGCCCAACAGUAGAUGUUCCGUGUCACCCACUGGAGACCUUACGAUCACCAACAUUCAGCGUUCAGACGCAGGCUACUAUAUCUGCCAGGCCCUAACCGUGGCAGGAAGCAUCUUAGCAAAAGCUCAGCUGGAAGUUACUGAUGUUUUGACAGACAGACCUCCACCCAUAAUUCUGCAAGGCCCAGCUAACCAAACACUAGCAGUAGAUGGCACAGCAUUGCUGAAAUGUAAAGCUACUGGUGAUCCGCUUCCUGUAAUUAGCUGGUUAAAGGAGGGAUUCACUUUUCUGGGUAGAGAUCCAAGAGCAACUAUACAUGAACAAGGAACAUUACAGAUUAAAAAUUUACGGAUUUCUGAUACUGGCACUUAUACUUGUGUGGCUACAAGUUCAAGUGGGGAGACUUCCUGGAGUGCCGUGCUGGAUGUGACAGAAUCUGGAGCAACAAUCAGUAAAAAUUAUGAUUUAAGUGACCUGCCAGGACCACCAUCCAAACCACAGGUCACUGACGUUACUAAGAACAGUGUCACCUUAUCCUGGCAACCAGGUAGCCCUGGAACCCUCCCAGCAAGUUCAUAUAUCAUUGAGGCAUUCAGCCAAUCAGUGAGCAAUAGCUGGCAGACGGUGGCCAACCAUGUAAAAACCACCCUCUACACAGUGAGAGGACUGCGGCCCAAUACAAUCUACUUAUUCAUGGUCAGAGCAAUCAAUCCUCAAGGUCUCAGCGAUCCAAGCCCUAUGUCAGAUCCUGUGCGCACACAAGAUAUCAGCCCACCAGCACAAGGAGUGGACCACAGACAAGUACAGAAAGAACUGGGAGAUGUCAUUGUCCGCCUCCAUACUCCAGUAGUGCUGACUCCCACGACUGUUCAAGUCACAUGGACGGUUGAUCGCCAGCCCCAGUUUAUUCAAGGCUACCGAGUGAUGUAUCGUCAAACGUCAGGACUGCAAGCUACAUCAACAUGGCAGAAUUUAGAUGCUAAAGUCCCAAAUGAACGAAAUGCCGUUUUAGUCAAUCUGAAAAAGGGGGUGACUUAUGAAAUUAAAGUUCGACCUUAUUUUAAUGAGUUCCAAGGAAUGGAUAGUGAAUCUAAAACAGUUCGAACUACUGAAGAAGCCCCAAGUGCCCCUCCACAGUCUGUCACGGUGCUGACAGUUGGAAGCCACAAUAGCACAAGCAUUAGUGUUUCCUGGGAUCCUCCCCCUCCGGAUCAUCAGAAUGGAAUUAUCCAAGAAUACAAGAUCUGGUGUCUGGGGAAUGAAACACGAUUUCAUAUAAACAAAAGUGUGGAUGCAGCCAUUCGGUCUGUAAUAAUUGGUGGAUUAUUCCCAGGUGUUCAAUACCGGGUAGAGGUUGCAGCGAGUACCAGUGCAGGGGUUGGAGUAAAAAGUGAACCACAACAAAUAAUAAUUGGUGGACGUAAUGAAGUUGUCAUUACAGAAAACAAUAACAGCAUAACUGAACAAAUCACGGAUGUUGUGAAGCAACCAGCCUUUAUAGCUGGUAUUGGUGGUGCCUGCUGGGUAAUUUUGAUGGGUUUUAGCAUCUGGUUGUAUUGGCGAAGAAAGAAGAGAAAGGGACUCAGUAAUUAUGCUGUUACAUUUCAAAGAGGGGAUGGAGGACUAAUGAGCAAUGGAAGUCGUCCAGGUCUUCUGAAUGCUGGGGAUCCCAAUUAUCCAUGGCUCGCUGAUUCCUGGCCAGCCACAAGCUUGCCAGUAAACAAUAGCAAUAGUGGCCCAAAUGAGAUUGGGAAUUUUGGGCGUGGAGAUGUGCUGCCACCGGUUCCAGGCCAAGGGGAUAAAACAGCAACAAUGCUCUCAGAUGGAGCCAUUUAUAGCAGCAUUGACUUCACAACCAAAACCACUUACAACAGUUCCAGCCAAAUAACACAGGCUACUCCAUAUGCCACGACACAGAUCUUGCAUUCCAACAGCAUACAUGAAUUGGCUGUCGAUCUGCCUGACACACAAUGGAAAAGCUCAAUUCAGCAAAAAACAGAUCUGAUGGGAUUUGGUUAUUCUCUUCCCGAUCAGAACAAAGGUAACAAUGCCUUACUUUACAUCCCUGACUACCGAUUGGCUGAGGGAUUGUCUAAUAGAAUGCCACACAACCAGUCACAGGAUUUCAGCACCACCAGCUCUCACAACAGCUCAGAGAGGAGUGGCAGUCUCUCAGGUGGGAAAGGUGGAAAAAAGAAGAAAAAUAAAAACUCUUCUAAACCGCAGAAAAACAAUGGAUCAACUUGGGCCAAUGUCCCACUACCUCCUCCCCCAGUCCAGCCACUUCCCGGUACAGAGCUGGAACACUAUGCAGCUGGACAGCAAGAAAAUGGCUAUGACAGUGAUAGCUGGUGCCCGCCAUUACCAGUACAAACAUACUUACACCAGGGUAUGGAAGAUGAACUGGAAGAAGAUGAUGAUCGUGUCCCAACACCUCCUGUCCGAGGAGUGGCUUCUUCUCCUGCUAUUUCCUUUGGACAGCAGUCCACAGCAACUCUGACUCCAUCCCCACGGGAAGAGAUGCAGCCCAUGCUGCAGGCUCACCUGGAUGAGUUGACAAGGGCCUAUCAGUUUGACAUCGCAAAGCAAACAUGGCACAUUCAAAAUAAUAAUCAACCUCCACAGCCCCCAGUUCCACCAAUAGGUUACAUGUCCGGAGCCUUGAUUUCUGAUUUGGAAACAGAUGUUCCAGAUGAUGAUGCUGAUGAUGAGGAGGAGGCUUUAGAAAUCCCCAGACCCCUGAAAGUGCUAGAGCAGACACCUGGAUCCAGUAUGGACAACCUAGACAGCUCUGUGACAGGCAAAGCCUUUACCUCCUCUCAAAGACCUCGACCAACUAGCCCAUUUUCUACUGACAGUAACACCAGUGCAGCCCUGAGUCAAAGUCAGAGGCCUAGGCCGACUAAAAAACACAAGGGAGGGCGAAUGGACCAACAACCAGCAUUGCCUCAUCGAAGGGAAGGAAUUUCAGAUGAUCUUCCACCACCACCAGACCCCCCUCCUGGUCAGGGUUUAAGGCAGCAAAUAGGCCCGAGCCAGCAUGCUGGUAACGUGGAAAACUCAACAGAGAGAAAAGGAAGCUCUCUGGAGAGACAAGCAGCAUCCACCUUAGAAGACACAAAGAGCUCAUUGGAUUGUCCAGCUAGAACAUCCCUAGACUGGCAGCGACAAACCCAGGAAUGGAUUAACUCCACAGAACGCCAAGAAGAUAUACGGAAAGCCCUACACAAACAAGGUGUUGGACCAGAGGAGACCUUGGUGCCCUACAGCAAGCCCAGCUUCCCAUCGCCAGGAGGCCAUAGCUCCUCAGGAACAGCUUCUUCUAAAGGAUCCACCGGGCCUAGGAAAGCUGAGGCCUUGAGGGGUGGCCACCAGCGCAAUGCCAGCGACCUUCUUGACAUAGGUUAUAUGGGCUCAAAUAGUCAAGGACAGUUUACAGGUGAAUUAUAGUAACUGCGAGGAGAUGUGCAAAGCUGCUCUGAAGGACCAUCAGGUCUGAACUCAUGGAAGUGACGACACUAAACAGUGCAAUGAACAAUUUCCUUAUUUAUGUACUAUUAAAAGAACUGUAAAUGCAAUGUAAAGACACACAGCCACACAUAUCCCACAGAUAUUUUACUUGUGUUCUUCUCUUAAGUACACCACCCACCUUAACUCUUUCUUGUCAGGAGUAUACAAAAAAAGAAAGAAAACAAAGCUCGCCCUCCAGGAAGAAAUGGAUUUUCCUCUGUAUAUAAUUUCUUUUGUGCAUUGCUAUGCAAGCUCACUCUUUUUAGCUCUGUUCAUAUUAUUGUCUGUUCUUAUUGGUCUAUUGUACUAUAUGUGAAUUAAUAGGCUGUGGUGCCAUAUAUUAACUUUUAAUUGUGUAACUUUUAUGUUUAAAUUUUGCACUGCAAUUUUAUUUGGUGAUAAGCACAAAUCUCUACUCCUCGUGACAUGAAGAAAAAGACUGAAUGUGAAGGGAGUUUCUGUACUGUAAGCCAGGUUGGAUGAUGCUGGUUGUAACCAAUCACGCUAGAUGUUGUUCAGUUGGGGUAUAGAAAUAGGAAGAUGUGAAGGAGAGUGGUGUUGGUGAAGUCUUCUUUGAACAUCAGGAACUGAGUCAAUAAAAAAAGCAGAAAAGUGGCUUUUACUGUUGACAAAAGCAUGGGUCAAAAGAAGGAAGUUUUAGUCUUAAGACUGAAUAGCCAUUAAAAUAUACAGGUAGCAAAGAUGUACUAAACUUGCUUUAAGAAAUAAUAAGGAAAUUAAAGUUAUAUUUAGAAUCAAUUUUACCUGUUGUUGUAAUUGACCCAUCUGAGAAUUACAACAAGCAAAAAGAAAUUAAGAUGUUUCACAAGAGCUGUAUUUAUAUAAUCUUUUUUAAAAAGCAUUUUCUGAAUUACCAUAAUUAAUCUCUCCAACUCAUUAAGUCAGAAUAUAAUACAAUGUUCCCCAAGGAAACAAACCAAAUGAACUCUAGAAUAUCCAGCAAAUAUUUAAAGAGACAGUGUAUUGUCAGAACAUACUCGGACUGCUCCAAGAUACAAAAACUCUAUCACAGUAUCAUGUUUCAUCUUUCUAAUACAUGUACAGUACACACUAGAGGAUAGAGCUACAUCACUUCAAGUCAUGACUUUUAAAAAAUAAUGCAGUCUAUAUGCUACUUUGUGUUUUAUUUGAUGAAGAAGUGAAGUUUAUGCCACCAACUGUAUAGCCAAACUGUAAGUGCUUAAAAAGCAGUGCUCAGAGUAUGUUCAAUUCACAGUAAGUAGACUUAUUGGCAUAAGUAUUUUAUGGUACACUCUCAAAAAUUGGCUACCAACUAAAAUAUGUUUGACCCAUUUUGAAUGAGUAAAUUGACAAGAAAAAUUGAAAAGAAGAAAAAUGCAUGUUUAUACACUUUUUAAAUAAAACCAAACCUCAUAAAUGGACAUUAACAACAGUGUCCUGCCUCAUUUGUUUUCACGACUUUGAGAACAAGAAUUUCCUGAACAUCAGUCAUGUGUGGUCAAAAUGAGUAUGACUUUGAAAUAUGUUCGCUACUGUACAUGUAUAGUAAGUCAAAUAGAGGAGAACCCUCCUGAAAUUUCUACUUGUGACAUUUUCCCAUGUGCUGCCUACACAAUUGUAAACAAUAUCUCUAGUUAUAUUGUCUUACGUUAUUCCUAUGACGUGUCCAGUAGUUGAUUCUUUAAAACAUAUUCAAUGUUAUAAUAAGGAUCAAUUCUAAAAUACGGGACCAUUUGAAUGACAAAUCCUGCUUCUUGCAUUUUUGGCUCAGUCACUGAUUGAAUGGCAUAUUGCUACAGUAAUGACAAAAUUAAAUGUUUUCACCUUUCAUAUUCCUUGAAACUGCAUCAACACAGGCAAGCACAGAGGAACAUAAUGUUCUUUAUAGGCUCCAACCUCUUUUUGGUGCCAUGUACUUCAUUUCUUCACUGAGGAGAAAAUUCUGACACGUAAAACUCUUCAACUUUCUCCCUUAAGUGUCUGAAUUUCAUUGCAGUUUGAUUUCUUUGGGACAAAGAUACUGGGAAAGCUGAGAAGUUUCUGCUAAGAAUGAGUAUAUACUUACAACCGCAAGAUGUGAGGAAUUUACAUUUUUAUUUAUGCAAUUCCUUACUUCACCUCUUUCUGUUUAAAAGCAAACAAAGUUUUGUUCAUUUGUAUUUCUUCUUUAUCUUCCUCUAUAACACAAUUAGGUCUAAAACUUUAGUUCAUUACCUAUAUUACACAUAGCCUUUGACCCCUGGUAACUGGCAGGUGUAUGUGACUAAUAAACCACGAGUUCAAAAAUGGAGUAUGUGUACGCAGGUGACUCCUGAAAUAGUACUAGGCAUACAUCAUACCUUCCUAAUUGUCUCCAAUGCAUAAAGCCAACUGUUAUGGUUACAUUAUGUCAGUGCAAACCUUAUGGUUUCUUGGACUAUUCUUUUAGAAUAUUCCACAUUUCCCAUUCAAUCUAGUUUUAAAUACAUUGCUUGGUCAAAUAUUGCAUACAAAUUAGCACCUUCAAAUACAUACAGAGCACAGUAAAAAGCUGUGGCUAUCCAAAUGAAUUCAGGAGCACACCAAAGCAUUGUCAACUUGCCAUGGGUAAAAAUCUAAUCCUUGUAAAUCAAAAUAUCAUUUAAAAGGAUACAAACACAUAUGAGAAUGGCCAUGAUUUUUCAUUUUGCAGCCAGUUAAAUGACUGGUUAGUCUUUCACUUAGCUGACUCUUCCUUGGGUGUAAACAGAGGCAGGCACGCAUAUGCUGUCAGAAGGGGAUCUGGAAGGGACAGAGUGUAAUCUUACCCAGUACUUGCAGACAGUACUGCAGUGCAGUCAUAACCCACAGGCACGGCUCCAUUCAUAAUAUGCAAAGUCUCCUUUGGGGAAACAGCUAUGACAGUGCCCCAACUCAGGUAUACAUCAAUGUAGGCAAGCAGAGUCCAGCUACCUACCCUUUCUCCAAGUUUUCCCCAUGCCUAUUUAAAGGUAGGUGGGAGAGUACAGGGACAUGAAAACAAUUGAUUCCUUCACAGGAUUUGAAUCCAGUUCAAGGGAAAACAGAAAAAUCAAAGUCAACAUUUAAGAUAUUAUGCAACCAAAGGAGGAAAAAAAACUUUGCAAGUUUACUUGCUUAGGUAUCAAAAUGGAUUAAAUGAUUCUCUAUGCCAUAGUUUAAUGCUCUGUGUAUUUAAAUAUAUUUUCAAUGGGGUUUGAGUUGAAAGCUUGCAUGAGAUUGAUAGAACACCUCCAAAUUUCUAUUGAUCUAAUUUAUGUAAUUGUCCAUUUACAACAUAAUUAUAACAACACCAAUGAACUUGAAACUGUGGUUUAUCCUCUCCACUGGAAGUGAAUGUGCGUCAGUAUUAAAAACAUGCAGAACCAUGACAUUCAUGAAUUUGUUCAUCCACUUCUGUAUACUGUAUUUAUAGAAUUACAUGACAAGAAUUGUUGUAAUGCAACAUGUCUUUCCACAUUAUCUUAGAGGUGAAGUUACUUUUUUUUUGCUUCCCUAUGAUGUGUACGUUAAAUGAAACACCAUACAUUUUUUAAAUGAAAUUCAAUUUACUAAUUUAUCUUAUCUCAUAAUUUUAAAAGCAUUUAUUGUGACUUUAAAGUGUUGCAAGAUAAGGGAUUUUGUGGCCGUGGGUAGACUUUUAUACUUUGUUUUAUAGAUGGAUUCUUUUUUAACUGUAGUUUGUUUAAGUCACCAAACAGCGUCCAAAAUCUUAAUGUGUUUCAUUUGAUGUUGUUGAUCAGAAAAGUAAUUGGCGUAACAUUGAUUAAUAGUAUUGUCAAAGAAUUGUGUAUUGUGUACUC